UAAAAAAAAUCAAAAUGAUCCGUAAUUUUCAUUAUCCAAACUGGAAAUAAGUCAAGUUUUGUUUUGCACGAAACGAUGUACCCAGAAUAAUCCAACACUACCUCUGGUUAAUAAUCACCACACCUAGCACGCAUAAUAAUUGAACAGAAGCAAAGCAACGAAGAUUGCCUCUUCUCUGAAUCUGAUGAAGUCCGUACCCAGGAUUGUGCUCUUCCUCUUUCUCAUUUUCACUACUUCACUUGGCUUCUGCAAAUCCACAUCGGACCAAGACCCAACCCCAACCCCAUGGCCCCAUCAAUUCCACUCCAUCAUGGUUAUGAACUAUAGUGGAAUUCUCCAGGUGAUCAACCUGUGGUACGACUGGCCCAAUGGAAGAAACUUCAACAUAAUUCAACACCAGCUUGGUAAUGUCCUCUAUGACCUUGAGUGGAACAAUGGCACUUCCUUCUUUUAUACCCUCGACUCCUCCAAAGAGUGCAGUAGUGCACAACUUGAGGUUGGGAUUCUACGGCCCAACUGGCUAGAUGGAGCUAGGUACUUGGGUCAGCAGCACGUGGAUGGAUUCCUCUGCAAUGUGUGGGAGAAGGUAGACUUUAUCUGGUAUUAUGAGGAUGUUGUCACCAAGAGGCCCGUUCACUGGGUCUUCUACACCGGGAGGGAGGCGCAUGUGAUGACAUUUGAAGUGGGAGCAGCUCUUGAGGAUGCUAUGUGGCAAGCCCCCGUCUACUGCUUUGACAAUAAAACCAGUGCAGCUGCUUCAAUCACCAGCAUUUCCGCUAACAUAAUGGUGGAUAGAGUUCUCAAAGGUCUUGUCCAGCUCCUUGAAGCUGCUUUCAUUCGAAGUCAACUGGUUUGUGCAACUGCUGUCAAUCAACCAGGCCUUGAUAUAAGUGUUUGUUGCAUAGCAUGAAGCCACAAACGAUUGCUCUUCUUGUUGCUGCUUGUUUUCAACAAUCUAUGCUUGUUGCCCUUGUUGAUCUUUUUUGUUCUUACAAAUUUUCUCUACAUGGCCACAUUGCAUACACAUCUGCUCUGAAUUAUACGUUUAAACCAGCAAAAAUUUUCUGAAUGAUUCCUCUUCUUUUAGUGGGAACAAGGAGGAUACUUGCCCUUCCUGCCACCACCUCUGCUGCCUUGAGUCUCCUUGCCUUUUUUCUUUUCUCUCAUUGGUUUUCCUCUUACCUCCAUUGCUUGACGCAACCUUUUCUUUCUGUUUUUCCAGAAAUGUUUCUGCAAUUGUUUGCUUUUGCCUGAUGGCUCUUCUUUGUUCAAGUGUUUGCAGGGCAUUUACAAGCUCUGUCAAAGACAUGCUUGAAAGAUCCCUUGAGUCCUCAAAUGAUGAGAAUUUUUACUAAAAUUUUCAGGCAAGUUGACCAAAUCCUUUCAACAAUCCUUUUAUAAGUGAGCUCCUCUUGAAGGAACCGGAUCUGGUUCACAACAGUAAUGAGCCUGUCAGUAUAUUAUCUGAUAGUUUCGUUACCCUCCAUCUUUAAAACUUGAAGUCUCUUCUAAGGUUUAUGACUUGCAUUUGUUUGGUUUUAUCACAUCCUUCAAACUCCUCCUUGAGCUUGUCCCCGGCUUCUUUUGCUAUUUCACAAGCCAUUGAUUGAAUGCAAGACAUAGCCUCUAACUUCUUUGCACAUUCCUCACUCUGCUGCUUUUUUGAGCUAUAGUGGGAUUUGCUCUCAGUGGUGGUGGAUCUCUACCUCCUUUUACAACCUCUCACAAAUCAUGUAACUUGAGAUAAAUUUUGAUUUCACAACUCAAAUUGGAUAGUUCUCCCCUGUAAAAACAGGAAGUGGUGGUAGUGAAAAGAAAAUUUUGAAGACAUGAACGUGCUCACUGGUUUCUGGAUUUUCUGGUUUUGUAGUGAAAAGAACCUUGCUUGUUUUCUCUCUCUUACAGCCUUUCAAAGGUCACAGUAGCUCUGAUACUCUUUGAAGGCUUAGUAAUCUAAGAAGAAUGGAGAGAAUAGAAUGAAGAAGAGAACCUGUUCUGGUUUUAGAAACUCUUGAUAAGCAACAGACGCUUUCAUUUCAAUUUAUAUGCAAAAUACAAUAUAAGUCUUCAACUACAUUAUCUACUACAACAAAUUUUGUCUGCCUCACUUUCCUUUGUAUUACUGCAUUCAGAUCUUCCCAAAAGAUUUACUGGA